AUGGCGGAACUGUGCGGAGACUAUGCGUUCCCAGCUGAUCCGGCAAGCCACUUUCCCGAGAUGCGCAACACGCUACUUCUGUCGGCUGCGAGAUGUCAGAGCACGUCUCGGCCUCCGGUCUGGGUGAUGCGUCAGGCAGGCAGAUACCUGCCCGAGUUUAGGAAGUUGAGGGAGUCUCACGACUUUUUCGAGAUCUGCAGGACGCCAGAGCUAGCAGCAGAGAUCACCUUGCAACCCAUCGAUCGUUACCCCGAGCUGGACGCGUCCAUCAUCUUCAGCGACAUUCUCGUCGUUCCUCAAGCACUGGGCAUGCAGGUUGACAUGCUGCCUGCUCACGGCCCUCAUUUCCCUCGCCCCCUGAGGCAGCCCGAAGACGGGGAGAAGCUACUGAAAGAGACGGAUGAGCUCAAUGUCGACGCAGAACUGCGCUAUGUCUAUGCAGCCAUCACGCUCACUCGCCAGAAGCUCGAGGGCCGGGUGCCUUUGAUAGGAUUCUGCGGAAGUCCCUGGACGCUGUUUGCCUACAUGAUCGAAGGCGGCGGGAGCAAGACACUCCAGCAAGCGCAUACCUGGAUCAACCGAUACCCCGAGCUAUCUCAUCGCCUACUCGAGAGGAUAGCGGACACUUGCGCGCAAUUCCUCGUCGGACAGAUCCGCGCAGGUGCUCAGAUGGUGCAAAUCUUCGACUCUUGGGCGGGCGAGCUCGAAGCAGGCAAAUACAGGGCAUUCUCGCUGCAGUAUUGCUAUCAGAUCAGUAGGACUGUGCGGCAACUGCUCGAGCAUCACCAGAUCUCAUGCCCGCCCAUAUCACUCUUUCCAAAGGGAGGGGGCCCCAUCGCGCUCGAAUCGAUAGCGCAGGGCUCCCAGGCAGACACCCAUUUUGAUGUCAUUGGCCUCGACUGGACCAUCGAUGCCGAACAUGCACGCAGGGCGCUCGAAGAAGGUGCAAAACUCAAUAGAGCAGGCUGGCGAGGUCAGAUUGCAUUGCAAGGCAAUAUGAAUCCCAACAUGCUCUACGCUGGUCAAGAGGCCAUCUCGCGCGACGUCGAGCGAAUGGCAGCCGACUUUCGACCCUCGCGACCAGGCUGGAUCGCCAAUCUUGGUCAUGGCAUCACGCCAGGCGUCGAUCCCGAGGACAUGAAGCACUUUCUGCAGUGCGUUCAGGCUAUCCGGCCCGCGUAG